CAUGGCAAGAAACCAAGAAGAAAAAAAAGAAAGCACACUAGCGGGCGGAAGCACUUCAGAAAAAAAAGAAAGCAAGCCAGAAAGAAUUCUGCCAUAUUCUGUAAAGGAUUUUAUCCCGUCUAAAUAUGGGGCGCCUCUUCUUAAGGAGCUGGAAGUCCCAUUUAAAAAGAAGCACGGUGCACUGUUAUCUCAGCACAAAGACAAAACUGCUCUGCAUAAAUACAUGCGAGCUCUGGUAAAGGUGUACACCAGCUGGGCACAGUCUUCUCCCCUCUGUGGAAAUAAAAGAGCAAGAAUGUACACACUCUUAAAAGAAAUCGAAGUGGCUACCAAGGCUCAGAAAGUGCCUAUAUCCACUGCCAUACCGCAGAAUACUGUACAACCAACUACAAGCAAUAGAACAGCCAGUGACUCGCAAAUAGCAGCAGGGCCAGACUCAGAGAGCAUUGAUACUCUUCUUGAGAACACCGCAUACAACACACAGUCGUUCUCUAUGCUGGGCACAUCCCAAACAGAAACAGACACACUUCUGAAUACAACACAGACUGAUAAUAUAUCUGACCUCCUAGACAUUUCAGACGUGUCAUCUGAUGAUAUAGUGGUAGGCAGAAGACGAUUUAAAAAAGACUAGGCAUGUGAUGUACACAAUAAUUAGCACCCACUUAUUUUGUUUUUAUUAUAAAGCAUUCGGAUACUGUCCGAAAACAUGUACACAUUAUAAAACAUUUGGGUUAUUUUUACACUGAAAGAGAAAAUAAAUAUUGUUGAACC